AUGGCUGAUGGUUGGAAGCAUCUUAAAGUCAAACCUUCCAGGUACAUUGACUUUGUGAUCUCCCCUGCAUGUGACUGUAUAUCACUGCCAGGAACCUUUGAAACUCUUCAUCGUGAUUCAGUCCUGGAAUUCUGUGGGAAGCAUGCAUUGUCAAUGAAUGUGGUAAAUUCUUUGAAUGCCACUCAACACUAUCUCAACAUCCGCGAUGCAUACUGGAGAAAAAUACACAAAUGUGAAGAAGGUAGUCCAACCUUUAAGGACUGUUCAUCAAUAAAUGGACAUUCGCAGAUCUAUUCUGGAGAGAAACCCUGCAAAUGUCAAGAAUGUGGCAAGGCUUUUAACAAUCACUCAAGUCUUAAUAGACAUCACCAAAUUCAUAUUGCAGGGGAAAACUACAAGUGUAAUGAAUGUGCCAAAGCCUUUAAAUCCUGCUUGAAACUUACUCAACAUCACAGAAUUCAUAGUGGAGAGAAACCUUACCAGUGUCAAGAAUGUGGCAAGACCUUUAACAAGAAUUCACACCUUACUUGACAUCUCACAAUUCAUACUAGAGAAAGACCUUACCAAUGUGAAGAAUGUGGCAUGUCUUUCAUGCAGAGAUCAAAUCUUACUAAGCAUCACAGAGUUCAUACUGGAGAGAAACCUUAUGAAUAUCAAGAAUGUGGCAAGGCCUUUAACCACAGCUCAACCCUUACUAAGCAUCACAGAACUCAUACUGGAGAGAAACCUUACCAAUGUGAGAAUGUGGCAGGGCCUUUAUCUUUCAUUUACAACUUAUUCAACAUCACAGAAUUCAUACUGGAGAGAAACCUUACCAAUGUCAGGAAUGGGGCAAGGCCUUUAACCAGAGGUCAUACCUUACUGAACAUCACAGAAUUCAUACUGGAGAGAGAUGUUUCCAAUGUCAACAACAUGGCAUGGCUUUUAACAAACACCCACACCUCACUCGACAUCACAGAAUUCAUACUAGGGAGAAACCCUAUAAAUAAUCAGGAUUGUGGCAAGGCCUUUAACUGGAGUUCAUGGCUUACUCAACAUCCUGCCUAUCCCACUGUCCAGAAGGAAACCCCACCUCCAAUAGCUACUCUACCAUCUGACAUUGUAAAGCUAUGCCCAAUUGACUCCACCAUCCAAUAUGCCUCCCUUUCCAUUCAUUGCCACUGA